CCGUGCCCCACCUCGGCAUUGCGGUGGACGAGGGCGACGUGUUGCCCGGGGCGCUGCGGCUCAUGCGGGAGCUCAGACCCGCCUGGGAGACGGCGCGGGUGAAGACCAAGCUUUUCACCGACGGCAUCACCAACAAGCUGGUGGCCUGCUACACGGACGAGGGCAUGGCCGACGCGGUGCUGGUGCGCGUCUACGGCCGCAAAACGGAGCUCUUCGUGGACCGCGAGACGGAGCUGAAGAACUUCCAGGUGCUGCAGGCGCACGGCUGCGCCCCCGAUCUCUACUGUGCCUUCCAGAACGGGCUGUGCUACGAGUUCCUGCCGGGCAUCGCCCUGGGGCCGGACCACGUGCGGGAUCCCCGCAUAUUCAGGCUGGUGGCCCAGGAGAUGGCCCGGCUACACGCCAUCCACGCCAACGGCAGCAUCCCCAAGCCCAUCCUGUGGCAGAAGCUGCACAAAUACCUCGCCCUCGUGAAGAUGGACCUCAGCCCAAAGGUAUCCGACCCCAGCCUCCAUCCGGACGUGCCCAGCCUGGAAGUGCUUGAGCAGGAGCUGGCCUGGAUGAAGGAAACCCUCUCGCAGCUGGGCUCUCCCGUGGUGCUUUGCCACAACGACCUGCUCUGCAAGAACAUCAUCUACAACGGCACCGAAGAGCACGUGCGCUUCAUAGACUACGAGUACACCGGCUACAACUACCAGGCUUUCGACAUCGGGAACCACUUCAACGAGUUCGCGGGCGUCAAGGAGGUCGAUUACCGCCUGUACCCCGGCAAGGACACCCAGCUGCAGUGGCUGCGCUCCUACCUGCAGGCCUACAAGCAGCUCACGCAGCAGGAGCAGGGAGGCCGCGGGGCGCCGGUGUCGGAGAAGGAGCUCGAGGCCCUCUACGUGCAAGUGAACAAGUUUUCCUUAGCCUCCCACUUCCUCUGGGCGUGCUGGGGCCUCCUCCAAGCGAAAUACUCUACCAUAGACUUUAACUUCCUAAGAUAUGCAAAGCUCAGAUUUAAACAGUACUUCAAGAUGAAGCCGGUCGUCACAGCGCUGCAGCUUUCCAAAUAGCGCCUCCGGCCCGCCAGGCCCUCCGCUAUUUUGUCCUCGCUGCGUCCCAGCCCUCGCCGCCCUCCCGCCCUUGCCAGCUGGCGCCGAGGGCAGAAUUCCCGGGGGUGGGAAGCGGGAAGAGGAUCUCUGCCCCGGCCACCGAUUAAAGGAGACCCUGGACACGCUGAGGCUGCACCGUGAGACGCUCAGGAGGCCCCUGGCGAGGCCCCGGCCUCCACCAGCAAGCCUUUACCAGCGCCUUAAGGCCGGGGCUGGCGCUUGCCUGGCGCCCGGCUUGCUCCCUCCGCGCUGUGCCCCAGGUGGGCACGCAGGCGUCCCUGCUGCCCGACAGCUCUGCCCGGGGUGCCCGUGCCCACAUCGCCUUCGCCGCCCCUCCGUGCCCCUCGCUGCUGCCUCGGCUCCCUCCUGGCCCCUUUACAGUGUUCCCAGGCGCUGCCCUCGCUGCGCCCGCGCGCCCCGUCUGCUGAGGCCACGGAGACCGCGGGCAGCGCUGGCACCCGCUGCCCCCCAGCCCCACGCCCGGCUGCUUCCCCAUCCCCUUUUGCUGCCGUCCUCCCCGCUCAGGGCUCUGUCGGCAGCAUCCCAGGCUCCGUCCUCGUUCCGGGAUGCGGAGCUUCCGCGCUCCUUUAGGACAGGACAGGAGGACAAAGCCACCCUCGGCACGGGCACAGCCUGGCCGGGGCUGCGGGCAGCGGCUCUACCCCUUGCCCAGGGCGCUGCUGAGCACUGCCCCGCUCGUGACACCUGGUGCUCAGCCCUUUGGUACCCAGGAGCAGGGAAAGGCUUGGGUGGGGGGUGCAGAAACCUGCCCCGGAUGAGCUGCAGCUUCUGCUGCAAAAAGGGGCUGGUUUGGGGCCACAAAGGGAGCUGGAAAGGAGAGGGUGAGUCAGGGAUGUGGGAGCAGAGGGGCUGCACCCCCAGGACCCCCUGCCUGGCACCGUGGGCUGCCCCCGUCCCCUCGUACCCCCUGCAGCGGGCACCAGGGAGCAGCCUGGAAAAGGGGGAAUUGGACAAAGUGGGUGGGAUUCGUGCCCUGUUGUCCUUGUCCCAAAGACAGCGGAGCUGAGGUCUGUCCCGUGUCUCCGUCCCCCGCAUGCGGGACCAGCACCAAAAAAAGGAGGGAUGGGAAUAGGGUUGUAACGGGCAAGG